AUGUCCUACGGUAGACAAUCCUCUUCAGCACCGUGUACAUCUGGAACUAGUCUUGUUCAAUCAACCAUUGUAGCCACAGCAAAAACAGGCAACCCAUCUUCUUGUGUAUUAGCUUUGGAGAAAGAAUUGUCUAACAGCACAACUGGAAUGUCUACUCUUCUCAGUAAAGUGGAUAUGCAAAUCAAAGAAUUUAGAGAGUUCAAAGUAGGCCCAUCGGUUAAGAAUGGAAAUCAACCUUCAUCUUCAUCCUUAUCAUCAAUUGAUAAGAAAGCAUGAGGAGAUGUUGCUGAGAUUGUUUUACACUGGCCAGAAGUGAAAAACAUACUUGACCUUACUGAAUUGUGCAAAAACAUCAGAUUCUUUCCUGGCGACAUUGAUCAAGGCGUUUUAUCCGUAAUACGCUGUGAAACAUGCUUUAACUAUUUAAAAAGUAAACGUAUUAAGCCAUCCGAUAAGUUAUCUCUCGCACAAGUUGCCAAAAAAGGCAUUGGAGGGUAAGCUUGAUAAAUUUUCAGUAUUAAUUAGUAUAAUUACUUGCUACUAUUCACAACUUAAUUUAGCGCCAUGUUUUCACCUUUUUACUUCUCUAUUAUAUGUGUUGUUUUAUCAAGAUACUCUGGCUCACUCUCCACUGGGUUACCUACUACUCCAAAAAAAGCUGUGUUGUAUUUGGAAGGUGGGAACAAAGAGUUCUAUAAGCUAAAAAAUACAGUGAAGAACCACAUAACGUUGGCAGGUGGCCAGGCCCAAACGCAUUAUGAAGCCCUGCAGGUAGAUAUGGUUGACAUAUGUUAUUCAAAUCAUUCGUUCUAACCAUAGUUUAUCAUAUCGUUUCAAUAUAUUUAGUAUGAAUACAGGAAACGGAUGGAAUGUGGUGUGGCAGUUACCCAAAACCUAGUUAGCAUUGCCAUAACUGUUGUUAAAGCUAAGUCUGCAGCCAUUCACUAUGAGACAAUGAUUGCUGCACAUGCGUUUACAGGCUCAGAUGUUGGCGAGUUUGGACACAGCCGUAAGCAAUUUAAUGAGAUUUUGCGAUGUGCUGAGGUAUGGUGCAACCGGGAAAUUGCAAAAUUUUUAUGUAAACCAUUACCUUCGACAAGACUUCCUCCCCAUUAUUACAUUACAUGCGAUAAAACUAUGCCAACCAGAUUGACAAACCAAGCCGUUAUGGUUUGUCCUGUUAUUAAUGGCAAGCGUGAAGCAAUAGCAGUCAAUUCAUCAGAAGUGUAUCAUGAAGCGAACAAUGAGGUGGAAGGGGAUGUGAGCGGAUCAACUGCCGCAGAAUGGGCACGAAUGGUUUAUGAUGAGAUAAAGAAAGCAUAUCCUGCAAUUGAUGAUAAAAUUAUCCAAGGCUCAUGGACGGGAACGGUAUGCGAUGGAGUGUACCAACUUGACCAGUCGAUAUUUUUUUCUGUCUUAUGGGACUCAGCGCAUUUUUCUAGAUUUAGCGUUUUCUGA